AUGACCGAUCAAGAUGCACUUCCAACAGUGACGGCAACUUUUCCCUUGAUUCGAGAAAUUCUGAUACGAGAGGGCAUAGAAAUUGUACAUGCACAUCAAGCAACUAGCGUCAUGGCGAAUGAAAGUGUCGUAUAUGCAUCAGCUUUGGGGCUGCCUAGUGUUUAUACCGACCAUUCCCUAUUCCAAUUCGAUGAUCUUGCCGGUGUCAUUCUGAAUCGAGUUCUGCAGACCACCCUUAGCACAUUGAAUGCUGCCAUUUGUGUCUCCUAUGCAUGUCGAGACAACCUGAUCUUGCGGGCUCAUCUUGACCCAAGCAGAGUCAAUGUCAUUCCAAAUGCUGUGGAUGCAUCCAAAUUUACGCCGGACCCUUCAAAGAGAAGCAAAGAUCGAAUAAAGGUUGUAGUGGUAUCCAGAUUGGUCUAUCGCAAGGGCGUUGACCUCUUGGUGGGAAUAAUACCAAAGGUAGCAAAACAACUCCCUCAAGUCGACUUUAUCGUAGGGGGUGAUGGGAACAAAAUGCUAGACCUAAUAGAAAUGGUAGAACGGGAGCAACUGCAAGAUCGGGUCGAAUUUUUGGGUGCUGUACCACACGUCCAAGUCGCGAGUGUAUUGCAAAGAGGACACGUCUUUUUGAAUUGUUCCUUGACGGAAUCGUUCUGCAUUGCGAUUUUGGAAGCGGCUAGCUGUGGAUUGUUGGUGGUUUCCACCAACGUGGGGGGAGUGCCAGAGGUGCUUCCCUCUCCCGAUAUGGCCAUCCUCUGUGAUUCCAAUGUAUCCGCCUUGGUAAAAGGCGUAAAGGCUGCCGUAGAGCGACAAGAGGGAGACGGUGAUGAUGCUGUUGAUCCAAUCCAAGCUCACGAGAGAAUAGAGACAAUGUAUUCAUGGCAUAGAGUCGCCAAACAAACAGUCCAGGUCUAUGACCGCGUUGCCAGUGAACCUCCACAAACAUUUUCAGAGAGGCUUGCUUGCUUCCAAUCCUUGGGAGGAAUCGCUGGAUUCGUGGCGGGUCUCUUACUAAUGAUUGUCGAAGUUUGGAUUCGGAUUGUCAUUCUUUGGAGACCGACAUCGACCAUUGAUGUUGUUCCAGAUCUCAUGCCAUUCGAAAAGGCCUAUACGAAGGAUAAGAAUAACUGA